AUGAACAAACUUCAUGUUGAGAUUGUUAAUGAUCUGAAGCAAAUGCUUGAUGGAAACAAUGUUUUGGCAAAGACAUUUAGAAUGGUAAGAGAUAGAUUUCAAGAAGAUAGAAGCUCCAAUGUUAGACUCAGAUUAAUAGGAAAAAAGAGCACCGAUGAAAGAAGAUAUAACUUGCCUACGGUUUCAGAAGUUGCUGCUUUGGUGGUGGGAGAUUUUAAACUAUCUAGAUGGUUACAAUAUCCUUUACUAUUUCCAUAUGGUGAAGAUGGAUACAGAGAGGACAUUCCUUUAGAGGGAGAUGAUGAAUCAACUGGAGGAAGGAAAUGUGUUAUCAUUCGGGAGUACUUUGCUUAUAAAAUUCAAGAAAGGAAUAAUGAAGUUCCGACGAUUGUGUCUUCUAGAAGAUUAUUUCAGCAAUUCUUGGUUGAUGCAUAUACAAUGAUCGAAUCUUCUCGAUUAAGGUAUAUUAGGCUCAAUCAAAAAAAGUUGAGAUGUCACAUGUAUAAAAGCUUACAAGAUGCUGUUUUGCAUGGAGAAAUUAAUCCUUCUUCUCAAGAAAAAAGGAUAAUUCUACCGUCCAGCUUCACAGGGGGUGCACGAUACAUGAUUCAAAACUAUCAAGAUGCUAUGGCAAUAUGCAAAUGGGCUGGGUACCCUGAUCUUUUCAUCACCUUUACUUUCAAUCCAAAGUGGCCUGAGAUUCGUAGAUUUGUAGAAAGUAGGGACUUAAAUCCUGAGGAUCGUCCAGACAUUUUAGCUAGGGUAUUCAAAAUUAAAUUGGACCGUUUGAUAAAGGAUUUACGCGACAAUCAGAUUUUUAGAAAAGUAAAAGCAGAUAUUGAUCAAAUCAUUUCUGUUGAAAUACCAGAUGAAUUGGCCAAUCCUGUUUAUUAUAAGGCCGUGCAUAAUUUUAUGAUGCAUGGCCCGUGUGGUUCUGCAAGAAAGUCUUCUCUUUGCAUGCAGAGCGGAAGAUGUACCAAGCAUUUUCCAGAAAGGUUUGUUGAGUCAACAACAAUUGAUGAGGAGGGUUAUCCUGUUUAUAGACGAAGGGAUAAUGGUAGAAAUAUCAAAAAGGAUGGUAUUGACUUGGAUAGUAGGUAUGUGGUGCCUCACAAUCGGUUCUUAUUACUUAAGUAUGAUGCUCAUAUUAAUGUAGAAUGGUGCAAUCAAUCAAGAUCCAUUAAGUAUUUAUUUAAGUAUAUUAGCAAAGGAAAUGAUCGUGUUACCGCUGCUUUUUCCCAAAGUAUGCAAGAGGAAGAUUCAUCAAAUAUUGAUGAAAUAAAUAUGUAUUAUGAUUGCCUAUACAUAUCACCAUGUGAAGCUGCUUGGAGAAUAUUCAAAUUUUCAAUUCACCAUAGAGAACCUCCUGUGGAAAGACUAUCUUUUCAUCUUCCAAAUGAACAAAAUGUUAUAUUCUCUGAUGAUGAUCCAAUUCAUGAUGUUUCAAAUAGACCAAGUGUACAGGAAUCAAUGUUUUUAAGCUGGUUUGAGACAAAUAAAACAUUGCCAGAAGCAAGAGAAUUGACUUAUGCAGAGUUCCCUCUUAAGUUUGUUUGGAAGAAACAAUUGAAAAGAUGGGAGAAAAGAAGAACUUCUGUAUUUUCCAUUGGAAGAAUUUUCUUUGUUCCGCCUGGUUGUUUAAUGUUAUUAAAGGUCCAGAAUCCUAUGACGAUCUUAAAAGAAUCAACAAUCAUAGCCAUCUCACUUUUAGAGAUGCAUGUUAUGCACUUGGGUUAUUGGAUGAUGAUAAAGAGUAUGGAUGCCAUAAAGGAAGCAAGUAACUGGGGAAUGCCAUCAUAUCUUAG